AUGCCUCAUUUGAAUACGGCGCCAACACUUCGCCCUUUAGUGAAUUUGCCCCACAAUCUUAUAGUUGUGCUAUUGCUUUUUUAUUUAUUUGAUGCAGGUUUGGUGAAAGGGGAAACUGUGAUUGAACUUAGUGUUACUUCAUCUUUUGUGCAUAUGUUGGUGGCUGCUGAUUACUUUGACAACAUCAUCAUGUUACACUCCUGUGAAUCCGAUAAACAAGAGGCACAGAAAUGGUUAAACAAGGAACCAGAAGCCAUAGACCACUCUCACCUUACAACCUUUGUCUGUGGUCUUAAAGGGGAAUACACAACAUGUGAGGAACAUGAAGAAAAAACCAGAACAGCCAACAAACAGGUGGUACAAUGGGACAUUACCAAAGAGAACCCACUUGAUGAUGUUGUGUUGCCCCAAGCAGACUGUGUGCUCAGUUUUGCAUAUUUGGAUCUUGUUAGUAAAGAUCAUGAGAUGUAUCUAAAACUUCUAAAACAAAUCUCCUCCCUUGUGAAGAUAGGAGGUCACCUGAUAAUGCUUGGAGCCCUUAAUGAAACGUACUACAUGUUAGGCCAACACGAGUUUUCUACCCGGGCUUAUGACGAACAGUUUGUACGAAAAGCUCUGGCAAAGAAAGGGUUUAUUAUAGAGAGAUUUGGGAAAGAGAAAAAAAGACAUAAUUCUGGUUUGUGUGAUUAUGAAUAUUUGACAUAUUCUGUAUCCCAAAGGAAAGAGAGGCCUAAAUUCCUGAAUCUCCAAAGAUGAAGUGGUGUUCAUUUUAAUGAUUAUAUUGUUGUUCUUUAAUUAGGUUUGGUGAUGCUGUCUGAACAUAAUAAAUAACCUCAUUAAGGGCUGCAUAAUAUUUUGGCACUAUAUAGGAUAAUAAUUAGUGGUGGGCUUCAAAUUCUAGAAAUGGCUAAGUCUAUGGGCAACAACAUUUUGACUCGCAACACUUUUUUUCACCCAUUGGAGUCUAAGGGCACUCAUCACUAAUAAUUAUAUAUUUUAUAAUAUUUUGAAUUGGUUGGUAUGGGGUAAUUGCCACUGGUCUGAGUGUAAAAUUGGUAAAAUAUUAUAAUGUCAUUUAGAAUGACAACUUUUGUAUGUGCUGGGCUUUAUUUUGGCUGCUAAACCAUUGUAAUCAUUGUCUAAAUAAACAUAUAUUUAAAUUUUAUUUCUGAUAUGUCUGGAAUUUUUGUGUUUUUUUAAUAUUUUAACUAUGGGUCCCCCCAUACAUUGUGGGAAUUUAAAAAUGUUUCAGAAAGCAGAUCAUGGAAAAAGAUUCAAUUUAAGCUUUCCUUAUAUUGUCAAAAACAUGCAUUUUAUAACAGAAAAGAGGAAGAUGGGUAAAUACUUUGCCUAAUUUGCGAUCUGUAUUGGGAAGGGCUCUUGUUCCAUCUUUAGAGUGAUUACACUGACACACACAAGUAAAACACACAAAAGAGAUGUUUUGAUACUUAGCACAGUCGCUGAGGGACCCCUACAUAAAAUGGUUCUCUGAAGUCCAGGCAGAAGUCAAAGAGCCUCCCCCCAAAUUAAGCUUUUUAUUUGUUUCCCCCACACAGAAUAUAAGAAGUAUCUUCAUUUUAGCAGCUAACAUACUAUAUAUGGUCAAAAAUACAUCAUUACUGAGUACAUCUUAUCUGUUAACACAUUAUAUAUUGUGAAAAUCAAUCAUUAAACUGUGUCACAUUCCUUGAAUUGCCAAAAGCUCUAAACGCCAUCUUUAAGAUGUUGCUCUAUUCUCUCUAUCUACUACUACUCUGUGAAUCACUCAUUUUCCUUACAGGAUCAUUACUAGGAUUAUUAAUAAUACACCUAAUCCAAUGAACAUUGGUUUAAUAAUUAAUACACUAUAGUUUUGAACAAUAAAAUGUCAAAAUUAGAUGCCUGUGUUGAAUUCUUUUACUCAGGGUCGGAC